UUAGUUUUUUAAUGUUAAUUGACAGGAUGAUACUUGUCAUAAGUAUGAUAAAAAAGUGUUCAGAAUUGUUUGAAAUUGAAAUGGGCAUUGAGGGGUUUACAAUACAAGAUUAAUAAAUUAUGAAACCAAAAGCAUACACGUGUACCCUGAAUUGUUACAAUCUACCUCAAAAGUAUGCCUAAUUUCAGCAAAUCUGUGAUAUUUAAUAUGUGUUACUGCUUUUUUGUGUGUUUUAUGUGUUCUAGCUUAGUAUGUGCUUGUAUUUUAUAAAAAUAUUUUUUUAACCUUAUAUAGUUUUUUACAGUAUAUGUAUAAACAAAAUAAAUGAACAAAAUAAUGAAUUUUAUAUUGUAUACCAAAUCUAUCAUGUGUAAGUUAUUUGUUAUUUAGAGCAAUAUCAGAUAACAUAGUAUGGAUACUAUUAUUGAAUGCUGUAUAUAGUUCCUGAAGUCGUCGUAGAGUGCGCAACACGACGGUUAGCAAAAAUGAUUUUAUGCUACGUUGGUAUUUCAGAACGUGAGACACGAACUUCAAUAAGACGGCAGCUCUAUUUCAUAUCUCAUCUCAUAAAAAUAAUUCAAUACUUCAAAUAUAAAUUUUCAACUUUGAUCAUUUUCAUUCAUCAUUAAUAUUUUAGCACUGAUUUUUCAAAGUGAGAAUUAAAAAAAAAAUUAUUACAUUCUUAGUCAAAGCCAUACAAAAGUACGUAAAAAAAAAAAAAAAAAGAAAGACAAAGACCUAUGAAUUGGUACACCUCCUCCCCCUAUUGAAGGGGUAAGAGGUGGUUUGCGUUAAGGGUUAGUUUUGGUCGGGAAGGAUCGAGGGGGCAAAGGCGCGCGAAGGAGGGCGUCGAUUGGUCGGACCAGAGGAUGCGUGGUCCGCUCUAACCCGGCCACAUCCAGUCUGCCGCCGACUGCAUAGUGGCGUGGUUCGUUAUUUUUCUUCAGUUGAUUUUGGUUCUCGUGCGACGGCGACCGCUGUCAAACGAAUGUCGUGAUCGUGCGUACGUUAUUAUAUCGGGCAUAGACAUGACAUAACACGUAAUUUUGGAUGGACACUUCUGUGCAUACAGUGCCGGUACACAGUCAGAGGAGGCGAGGUGUUGCGAUAUGCCGGUGCUGGGACCAGCCUGACUCUUUGCUCCUCUCUGGAACAUCGCGGCUCUCCUUCGACCAGGGUCAUCCACCCUGUGCUCCAGCCGCUUCGCGUGUCCGCUUUUAUCCAUUCAACGUGAUCCUGAAACCUGGUCAUCAACAACCCUUCUGCUAGUGGAAGUUGGCUGAUCGAUCGUUUGCGGCUCGCUAUUCGUGAAACAGGAAGCGGAAGCGUGGAUAAGGAAACUGAUGAAUAUCAAAAGGUUGAAAAUAAUGGGGAGGGAUGAAGUAACGUCGGUGUGACGUUGAGAGGCUCGAAGAAGGGCUGGAAAGCCAGACUCUGGUAUAAAGGAAACAUUUAAUUGGGAGAGAACGAAGGGCUGCACCAGGAAUGGCUACGCCGCCGGACUCGCCGGGACCGGAAGAGGCACUUUUCGACUUCGAGAGCUCGAGAACAAGGCAACAGACCACCCGGCCCGUCGCCCUCGAGGAACUUCUUCGGCAGACCAAGUUCUCCAGACAGGAAAUACGAGUGAUGUACCGUGGCUUCAAGCAGGAGUGUCCGGAGGGUGUAGUGCACGAGGACUCGUUCAAGGAUAUCUAUGCGAAAUUCUUCCCCCAUGGCAACUCCAGCCUCUACGCCCAUUACGUGUUCAAGGCCUUUGAUGUUAAUUGCAACGGUGCCAUCAGCUUCAGGGAUCUCCUGGUCACCUUGUCCACGUUGUUACGAGGUAGCAUCUACGAGAAGCUACGUUGGACGUUCAAGCUGUACGACAUAAACGGCGAUGGGUGCAUCACCAGGGGUGAGCUAGGGGAGGUGGUGACUGCCGUUCACGAGCUUAUGGGUCGACGACAUCAUGCCGAGGAGGAGAGAAAAGCGAGGGAGCAGUUGGAUAGGGUGUUCAAGAAGCUCGAUCUAAACCAGGAUGGUGUAAUAACGAUCGAGGAGUUUAUUGAAAGCUGCUUGAAGGAUGAUGUAAUCACACGGUCGCUGGCGAUGUUCGAUUGCGCGCUUUGAUCUCCGGCUAAGGAAGAGCCACCGGCAGUGACCACGACGCCGCCAACACCGCUCUCCACCACGACAACCUUUUCACAGUCCCAGUCACCGUCACCACCGCCACCAUCUUACUCUCUGCUGCCACCGAUUCCACCACCUUUGCCUUCUCAACCACCUCCAGGUUAUACGGUACAGGAUCAGGAGCUGUACAUGCUUCUAGCCGCACAUUGGUGGAACCAACCGGAAGCUCCGCUAUUUUGCUAAGGGAUGUAAGGAUAGACUUUGAUUCCCAAGAAGCGGGAGGCCAGUACUUCUAAACGACAGGAAGGAAAACUGAACAAGGGAAAGAACGACGAAGUUUGUGAAAAAUCUUGCGGGUUCAAGAGUUCAAUUAACGCGUUUGUUCGUCGUCGAGAGACGAACGAGCUUGCUGGUAUAUUUCUUCUUGCAGAAGAACUAUUUUACGUCACUUAAGUGAAUUUAAUUAAGCGUCCAGACUGCACAACGGAGUACGCCGUUCCUUGGAGGGAAAAGGAAAUGGUAUGUCAAUUGUGAAAUCGACAAAAGAAAAGAAGACUAAGGUACACAAAAUUGUAACAUUAAAUUAAUGAACCGUUCGAUUGAUUGGAAGGAAACGAUGAAAGGAGCAGGUUGAAUCCUUAGAAUCCGUUUGGGAAUACAGAGAACAACGGACGAUGAAGAAACUAUUUAAUAUUCGAAGAAGGAAACGUUGCUAACGUUGAAAAUCGAUAUAUAUAUAUAUAUAACAGAGAAUUAUUGAUCUUAUUUGACUUCCGUGCCAAACUCCUGUUGAAACUGUUGCAUUUCUUUCGUAAAGGGGACAAUAGAAUUGCGAAUCGACCAGGAACUUUGUAUUUAAAUAAGAGAUACGACUCUUUAUCUAAGGAAUUAAUAUUGAAAACAAUGUAGGGAAAGGGGUUGCGUACGGGUAUCGACCCGAAGGGAUAAACCACGCACAGGGUGUCCUUAAAUUCGUAACGCUAUCAGAGGCGAUUCCUCGUGAAGAGAAACCAGUUUUCAUGGUCGUUUAAGCGAAUGUUAAAUUAAUUGUUAAGAUUAGUCUGGUUGAAUAAGAAAAGGGAGAGACGUUUCUGUAAUGUUUACCAAACGAAACACCAAAUUGCAAUAAUUAAAUCGUAACUUAAAAAAGAGAAACAACUAUUUGGUUGAUAAAGAAAACUUAAUUGAAAAUUAUCGAUUCGACUGGAUGUUGCCAUAGGCUUAGCCAGCUUUUUGUCUAAUUGUUAGACAUUUCCUUUACAUUUAACUAUACAAGCUGAGGAGAGAAUUAUAAUUAUAUGUGCACUUUGGGAACGCUUCUAUUCGUAUUUUGCAAUUAAAAUUUUCUUAUUAAAUACUUAAUAAGUCAUUCUGCACGCAAAUCAAUUUCUUUGCAAUUCUCUUCGCUGUUUUGUCAUUAUUCUGUCUGAAAUACUUAUUGAUUUACAGACUUGUCGAGUAUUUAACAUAACAAACAAUUGAUAAGUGAUAGUUACCUCGCGAACCGCCAGAAAUUAUUAAGUGAUAUCCUUUUAAUCAGAGCCAAUCCCCUUCAAAAUAGAGAAUGAAACGAAUUAGAGCCACAAAUUUAAAUAAUAGAGAAAUCUAGUGUAAGAAGAGUUUGUUAAUCGUUAUUGUCUCUUCGUAGCGCUCUGUCACUUGUUAAUCGAUGAAACUUCUUCGCCACGAUGUUUUAACUAGAGUCGAGGGUGCACAGGUUGCUAGGGACGUUCCUAUAACAACAUGUUGACUGCCAUAGUAGAAAUAACCAUGUGUAGGAUGGCACAAUAUACGGUAAAGAUUCGAUGAAAGCGAAACGCUCGGGGCUGUACUUUCGUUUACAUUGCGCAGUUCCUACAUUGUUAGAAGUUUACCGACUACUUCAAAUGUAGAAAAGAACAGCAGGUGAAAGAGGGACUGUUCUUUUUCAUUCGCUAUUCUCAGGGCCGGUAAUGAGAUUUCGGGAGUCCGAGGUGAGUUCCGAAAAAGGGCCCCUUCACAAAUUUACUAUCGUCACUUUAACAAAUAAAUAUAGUUCAACCUACAUCCGUCAACGGCCUUAGCCACUUAGGCUAUACCGGUACCCGUAAGAUCACCGAAGUCAAGCUAAGUGGGCACGGUUUCGCCAAAAGAUGGGUUACCGUGUGCUGUUGGCAACGAAUAAGGGGGGAUAGCGAAUAUGAAUAAAAUGAGAAUAAAGCGAAAAUGUGUAUAUAUAUAAAUGGAAAAUAAGAGUUAUGGCCACAAAUAUAAAAGAAGUAAAUGUAAAAAUCUAAAAUAGACGAGAUUUGAAAAAAGACGCGCACGUGUGCGCGUGGACGCUAACUUUCAUUGGGCAGAAAGGGGCCGUUAGCCCCUUGAUAAUGCCGCCCUCUCAACAUUAAGGGAAAACAUUAAUCAGUCAACCUCUAUAUCGUGUUUGGUAGCAUUUUAAUCAGAACAAUGUCACAAAUACACCUAGGCAGAGAAGUUUUAGAAGAAAAAAAUGAAAAAUAACAAAGUUCAGUCGUGUUGCAUUAGUAUUAGAUCACUGAUAUAUUCGAUCUCAAAUCAUGUUACACUACUCGCGAGUAAACUUUGCGGUAUCUCAAGGGGUAUAAGUGGUGGGGAUGAAUUCUUCGCUUUCAUCGUACAAAUCUUUUUUUCGCUUUCAUCGAAUCUUUACUGUAAUAUGAAUUAUUAACACUUUGGCUGUCACUGACAGAGCCAGUAUUUGAAGACUAAUAAUUUUGUAGCAUGUAUUGUAUUUAAUAUUUUCUUUCUUUAUUUAUUUAUUAUUUCAUUAAAUCAAGUAUGUAGCAUCAGUUCCUGGUGACUCUCAUGGCAGUCAACCUGUAUUAACCUGUUAACCAGUGAGCUACUAUAUAUUAGGAAAACAGUGAGUUGCAUAUAAAAUAGAUUAAAUGUUUAUUUACUUUUUAGUUGAAAAAUAAACCAGUUAACAGGUUAAUUGAAUAAUUAUUAUAAAUUUGCGUUUAGAACUGGAACUGUUUAUAAUUCUAUGCAAAACUCGUAGUAGAUUUUCAAUAGAAUCUUAAAAACGGAUUUAAAAUUAUAUUAGAAUAUUUAGUUAAAUAUUACCUCGAUAAUUGCAUGAAUUUUUCAGUUUCAUUUCCCUACAACUAUCGAGGUUUUAUUGUUUCAUAUUUCGAACAUUGUAAUAUUCGAAUGAUUUCGAGUUCUCCCAAGAAUUCCUCGACUUCCGGAUGGAAGCACAAGAAAAUGCCGAAAAGGAUCAAGGUUUCCAGUCACGCUACGUGUGUACAUUGUAUUCGAUCUACUGUUAAACGAUUUUUACAUAUUUUCUAUGAAAACAAAAUAAGACGAACUUUAAGGGGGGAGAAACAACGAACGUUAUAUUAAACAAUUUUCUACACGCGAAACAGAAAGUCGACCAAGCGACUACUUUGGGUAAAAGAACGUCGAGUACUUCCGGUCUCGUUGAACGUACCCCAAAGGAAACAUUAAAGUUAAAAGAGAGAUUAAAACAAAAUUUUUUAUUUUAAGAAUUUGUUGUUUAUUUUAUUUUUAUAUUUUUUUGGUGCAUUUUGCAGGUUAGGUUCUUCAAACCGGAAGUGUUCUAUACGUUUCAAUUUCAUUGAAAUAUUCAGAGCAAAUUUUUUUGAAACAUUUAAAGUACCCACUGAUUACAAAGGUACACAAACGUUGAAUGAUCAUUUUUUGAUGAAUUAUAAGGAGGAGAAGAUCAGCGUCAAAGUUAAUUCAGUAUGAUCGUGUCUUUAUUUUCAUUUACUAAACUACUUAAGCAUUUAGAUUACAUACAGAGUAUCAUUUAAAAUAGGAAAAGUUUUGUUAUUUAUAAUUAGGACAAAUAGUGAUUAGAUAACGAACAAUAUCAACUUUUAAUAUUCAUCACAUCUACAUGUUAUAUUACACCGUUUGCUUGAAAAUAAUGAAAAAAGUUAAAAAAAAAGAGGAUCAUGAUAAAAUGUAAAUGAGAAAUUCUAAAAUUCAUGCAUGCUAUAACGUGCAAUUUUCGACCGAUAUUUUCCCCUGUUUUAUACCUUUUGCAAAUGAAAUUUUUUUCUCGACUAAGUAUGUGUAGGACGAGAUUCUUGUAUCAAUAACGAUUCAAAGAAAAAGUUUCUUAAUUAUAUUUAGUAGAAAAGGAAAUAAGGCAAGGAACGAAGAUCGAUAUUUUCGUCGGCGCAGCUUGUAUCCUUGACAAAUUCGUAAUUUAGAUCGUUACAUAUCGUGCGUGCUUACUGGUCGUUCGAUAAAUCGAUACAACUAUUGAAUUCGAGUUUUAGAAGGCUCAAACUCGAUGUUCUAGAAAAUCAAAUUUCGAGAAACUUAUAGAUCGUAAAUCUAACGAUUAUCGAUUUAGUAUGAAUUUAAGAAGAAUCGUAGCUAUACGGAGUGUCUCAAAAUAGUAUGCCAUUUAAUUUAUAUAACUUUUGAAUUAAUUUAUUAAAAAACUAAAACACAUUUAUUUUUUUUUUCAAAUAAACUAUCUGCAUAUUUCGAGACACCCUAUACAGGUUAAAGAGAAACUUAGUCAAUUGAUGAGCGUUAGUGGUAACGUAGUUCGUAAUUAACUCAUUGGUCCUUAGGGUUAACCUCGUUAAACUAUAAACCAGUUUCCAAGCGUGUCCAAAACUUUACCUUAAAGGUAGCUCUCGACAUACCAUGUCCGUUUCGUUAUUUUUACAUGUAUGAUUAAACAAUUUUUUAUUUAAAUCUAUUUAAAUUGUCUAUUUUAAUUGUUAAGAUUCAUUGAUUCACUAGAUAGCAACGAAAAAGUUCUCAAACAUUUCUUUUUUAAUUUUUAAAUAAUUUAAUAGUGAACAUAACCUAACAAGCCGUCGAGAGAAUGUAUUGGACGAAAGCACGAGUAACGAAUCAAAAAAUUUGUUACAAUAGCAUCACCAUAGCCUGUAACGGAUAUCCGGUUAGUUCAUAGCAAGUACGAUCCAAUUGUUAAGCUUAAAAAGCAGUUUUUUAUGAGAAAACCUUUACAACUAGAAGAGUAACGAAUCCACGAUCGAUUAGCGAUCGAUCUACUCGCGGACGUAUUCGAAACGUUUGCUUCACUUCUUCAAAUUAAUUAAAUGCAUCAAUUGCAUACAUAUUUCUUUUGUUCUUACCGCAAACGUUCGAAUACUUCGCUGACAAGUCGCAUCUAGCUGUGCAGAGUACGUUCAUUAAUUCUCGUACUGCCAAUUUUCAAUUGAAAAUCUGUGAGAAUAAUGUUAAUCGAGGAUGAGAAAGAUUUUGCAUUCGACAAUGGCGUGAUUUACUAUAUCAAAGAGACUCGUCGCAAGAAGCAUCAUUAGCUCAUAAUUAAAUAGCUCAUGAUCCUUUCCUACUCCUUCUCCGAGCCUUUCUCCGAUACUUCUAUAGCAUCCAUUCUCAAAAUCCUUCGUUCGUUAGAUCGAGGAGUAAGUAUUGAUGUGAUCAAUAAAAGAAUAUUGAUCAGUAAUUAUCGAUCAUGCGACAAUUGUAUCUGCGUCAGAUCGCCAUGCGCGGGUAAUCGUAUUUCGCAACAGAUGAAUUGUAAAUUCAAAAGAAUAAAAGGAGAUGGUCGUUAUUGUUA